GCACGUAAACAAAUCCACGUGGAUAUCCAACUCAGUUCCUCGCAUUUAUCAGAAAUAUGCCCUCCAAACGAAGGAUCGGUGUCGUUGGCUAUGGUCAUCUCGGCCAGUAUCUUGUUGAUUGGGUGUUGGGCAGAGAUGACAUGGAAUUAGCUUUCGUUUGGAAUAGGACCAUAUCAGCUAUAGAAGGAAAAGUUGACAGAAAAUACAUCUUAGAGGACUUGGCUUUUUUUCCUGCAAGGAAUGCUGAUCUUAUUGUAGAAGUUGCACAUCCUGUCAUUACUGAAGAAUUUGGGCCUAAAUUUCUUCAAGCUGCUGACUUUAUGGUUGGUUCUCCGACAGCAUUGGCCAAACAGGAAUUAGAGGACAGUCUCUGUGUUGCUGCAAAGGAUCAUGGUCUUUACAUUCCCAGUGGGGCAUUCUGGGGCGGAGAUGACAUACAGAAGAUGGCGGACAGAGGCACCCUCCAGGCGCUGAAAGUGACAAUGACAAAACAUCCAAUCUCUUUUAAACUGAGUGGCGAUCUCAAGGCAAAGAAUGAGCAAGUCAGUGACAAACCUGUUACAUUAUAUGAUGGACCUGUGCGUGCUCUCUGCCCCCUUGCUCCCAAUAAUGUUAACACAAUGGCAGCAGCAUCUAUAGCAGCUCAUAACCUUGGAUUCGAUCGAGUUCAGGGUUGUAUUGUUUCUGAUCCAGGGUUAACAGACUGGCAUAUUGUUGAAAUAGAUGCCUGGGGUCCUGGAAACAUUGAGGAAGGGACUGCUUUCCAUGUCCACACAGUCAGAAAGAACCCGGCAAAAGUUGGUAAUGUCACUGGAAGUGCAACCUAUGCCUCAUUUGCCAGCAGCUUGAAACGUGCUUUUGGCCAAGGUCCUGGAGUUCAUCUCUGCUGACCCACCAGCUUCAAAUGUGCACGCCAUCACCUUUGCAAAGCUGUCGAAGUUGAGCAAGUAACAGAAGGAGAGUUGUCCAUCUUUGCUGCUACGGUGCAGAUAAAGUAUUUUUGGACCAGCCCUUUAUUGUACGAGACUGUAGAUGACGAUGUGUUAGAGAUCAACACAAGGGACAGGCCAAGGCUCGAUCAGCUAUGACAGACUUAUGACCAGGUGUUAUGAAACUGGCUAUUUUGUAGACCAUGGUGUGUGGAGAUUAACACUAUGGACAGGCCAAGGCCCAGUCAGCUACUACAGACUUUAGACUAACUGUAUUGAAACUGGCUAAUUUGGAUGUGAUCGCUAAAUCCAGUACUUAUUUCAUUUUACAUUUUACAAUGUAAACUUGUGUGAUGAAGCCACGAUUGUUUCCAGGAACUGUAGAUUACCUGAGUUGGAAAUGAUCAGUUAGGGCCUAUGACGCACUAAGUCAUUUUAAGGAUGUGACUGUGUCUCUUCCAUUUAGAGAAGAGCGAAGGAGGCUGAAUGUACCCUAGCUUCCCUACAUUUUCUGCCUUUAUUAGUAAAUUCUGCUGUCUUUCAGGCAUGAAUAUUUUAUAUUCGUGAGGUGUUUUCUCACGGCAGAUUGCUCAGUCAGUGAAGAAUUGUAUGAAUUCAUUUCUAUUGAUAGUCGUAUUCUAAUAAAUCUUUUUCACUCUC